GAAUUAAGCUCAGAUUAUAACUUUUUAUUUUUGGAGCAAUAUCACUUAUUAGAUAGUAAUUUUAAUUUAAAUACUCAAAGAGUUGUUAAUUUUAGAGUUAAUCAAGGAAAUACUGUUUAUCUAUAUGAUCUUGAGGGUAAGAUUUUAUAUUACACUGCGACUUCUUUUAAUGGAUUGAAAGCUAAUUUAGGUAUACAUCAUUCUACUGUUACAAAAUGUAUAAAAACCGGAUCACUUUAUCUAGAUUAUUUCAUGAUUUCAGAUCAACUAAAACCAGAUGCAAAAAAAGCUGGUUUAUCUUUAGAAGAGUUAUCUAAAUUUAUUUCGGACAAAAGAUGA